ACUUGCUCGGUCUAUUUCCGUCGUCUCUGUCGAGCCAGCAGCAGCCAUGAGCAUGCUCAGGCUCCAGAAGCGCUUGGCGUCCAGCGUCUUGCGCUGCGGCAAGAAGAAGGUGUGGUUGGACCCCAACGAGACCAAUGAGAUUGCCAAUGCAAACUCUCGUCAGCAGAUCCGAAAACUGGUCAAGGAUGGAUUGAUCAUCAGGAAACCCGUGACUGUUCAUUCCCGUGCCCGCUGCCGCAAGAACACGUUGGCACGCCGCAAGGGACGUCAUAUGGGCUACGGUAAGAGAAAGGGUACAGCCAAUGCUCGUAUGCCAGAGAAGCUUUGUUGGAUGCGACGCAUGAGAAUCCUGCGCCGUCUGCUCCGCCGUUACAGGGAAUCCAAGAAAAUUGACAGGCACAUGUACCACAGUCUCUACCUGAGGGCCAAGGGUAACGUCUUCAAAAACAAGCGUAUCCUGAUGGAGCACAUCCACAAACUGAAGGCAGACAAGGCUCGCAAGAAGCUCCUGGCUGACCAGGCUGAGGCUCGCCGCUCCAAGACCAAGGAGGCUCGCAAACGCAGAGAAGAGCGUCUCCUGGCCAAGAAAGAAGAGAUGAUGAAGAUGCUGUCAAAGGAGGAGGAAACUGCAAAAAAAUAAAUCCCAAAUAUAUUAAUUAGUGUUGUCAAAAUCAGCUUUUUGAGGGUAAUAAAUUUGGACAAAAGGA